AUGGAUUCACAACGAAACUUCCAGACUCUCAAGGGAAAGGUCGCUAUCGUUACAGGCGCUUCUCGAGGCCUUGGUGCUGGCUUUGCUUAUGAGCUUGCAAAAAGAGGUGCAAAGGUCGUCGCUACAUACACUUCCCCAAGCAGUGAAAAGCUGGUGAAGGAGUUGUCCAACAAAAUGGCAUCGCUCGAUCCACCAUCAGAGUGCAUUGGUGUUAAAGCAGAUCUCAAGGACGAGUCAUCUCCCGCUGAGAUAGUCCGAGAAGCAGUCGCUGCAUUUGGUUCUCAAAUAGAUAUUCUUGUCAAUAAUGCUGGCAUGGAAGUCGUCAAAUCUCAUGCUGACAUCACGACAACCGACUUUGACUCAAUCUUCUACCUCAACGUUCGUGCUCCUCUCCUCCUCCUCCAAGCAGCAAAGCCCUAUCUUCCUUCCUCAGGCGGUGGUCGUAUCAUCAACAUAUCCUCCGUAGGUGCCCGAUGCGGUUUCAAGAACCUCUCUCUAUACUGCGCCUCCAAAGCUGCACUCGAAGGACUUACGCGCUCAUGGGCAGCUGAGCUGGGUGAAGAGGGCCAUACGGUCAAUGCGGUCAACCCUGGACCUGUUCAGAGUGACUUGUUGGACAAUAUUCCCAAGGAGAUCAUUGAUAUGCAGAAGAAGCAGACGGCUGCAGGAAAUAGGUUGGGUGAGGUUGAUGAUGUUGCGCAGAUUGUUGCUUGGCUGGCUUCGGAGGAGAGUAGAUGGAUCACGGGACAGGCGUUGUCUGCUAGUGGCGGAUUGGAGAUGUAUUAG